CGCAACGGAGACAAGCCUUGGAACAAGCACGACAUCAGGCGGAGACGCAUUCCAAGAUGCUUCUUCUCGACUAUCAGAAUGUGCUGAUCCAGUCAGUGCUCACAGAGCGGUUUUCAGGUGCACCACCGGUCAACAUCGAUCAGACGGUGUCUGAUUUCGAUGGUGUUACCUUCCAUAUCUCGACCCCCGAAUCUAAGUCUAAGAUUCUUGUCUCUAUCCAAGUUAAAUGCUUUAAUGAGCUUGUGAGGUAUGGUGCACAACAGGUUCUUGAACGCGAAUACGGCCCGUACAUCGUUGCGCCUGAGAGUGGGUACAACUUCUCAGUGCAGGUUGACCUUGAUAGUCUGCCGGAAGAUAAAGAAGCUCGAGAUGACCUGAUCCGAAGGAUUUCUCUGUUGAAACGAAAUGCGAUGGCAGCACCGUUUGAAAACGCAUUUGACGAACACCAUAAAUUACAGGAAGAAGCGUCCAAAUUUACAUCAGAAGAGGCUCCACAAGGUGUUCGGGAAGGAGGCGAGGUCAAGGCUAUCCAUUACCGGGAUGAGGAGGCAAUCUACAUCAAGGCCAGCCAUGACAGAGUGACGGUGAUAUUCAGCACCAUCUUUCGAGAAGAAACAGACAGGAUCUUCGGAAAGGUCUUUAUUCAGGAGUUUGUUGAUGCGCGGAGAAGAGCUAUCCAAAAUGCUCCUCAAGUGUUAUUCAGGACAGACCCCCCUCUCGAGCUCCACGGCGUGCCUGGCGUGAAGGAUUCCGGAAACGGAGAGAUCGGCUACGUUACCUUUGUCCUCUUCCCUCGACACUUGACCCGCCAGCGACGAGAUGAGGUUAUCUCUCACAUUCAAACCUUCCGUGACUACUUCCAUUACCAUAUCAAGGCUUCUAAGGCAUAUAUCCAUUCCAGGAUGCGCAGACGUACUGCGGAUUUUCUGCAAGUACUUCGAAGAGCACGUCCAGAAAACGAGGAAAAGGAGAGAAAGACAGCAAGCGGGCGUACUUUCAAGGUUCAAGGAAGUUGA